GUCAGCCGAGGAAGCACAAGCCCCUGACUCGCCUGGAGACGCCGACCGCCCCCGCCGAGGAUAGGAAGCUGAGGGAUGAUGAGAUGCGCCGGCUGAUCCAGCAGGUGCCCACCGACAAGGCUCGGGCGUUUGCCUUCGACAUCGACUGGGACGCAGUGCACGGCAACAACAUCAUUGAGAAGAAGCUCCGGCCGUGGGUGAAGAAGAAGGUCACUGAGUUCCUCGGCAACGAGGAACAGGGCAUGAUCGAGUUCAUCCUCAAGAAGGUGAGUGCGCACACCAAGCCGGACACGAUCCUCGCAGAGCUGGAAGGAUUUUUGGACGAGGAAGCGGAGAACUUCACGCUGAAGAUGUGGCGAAUGCUCAUUUUUGAGGUUCUUCGCGUGAAGGCCAGAUAG